CUCCUCCUCCAUUCACCAUGCGCUCUUCCAUCGCCUCGUCAUCCCGAAGCGUCCUCGCUGCCGCCGUUGCUGCGCCCGCGCGCCCCGCAGUGCGUGUCGCUGCGCGCGGCCUCGCAACGUCGUCCCGCGCCGCGGCGCGCCUGGCCUCCUCUGGCGUCGGCCUCGCCCGCGGCGUCAACCUCGGUCGCGGUGCGAUGCCCCGCCUCGCCGGAGCUCGCCAGCAGGCCCGCACAAUGUUCAUCCAGACCGAGACGACGCCCAACGAGGCCUCGCUCAAGUUCAUCCCCGGCGUCGACGUGACCAACGGCACGACGUACGAGUUCCUCGACCUCCGUUCGGCGCUCCCCUCGCCCCUGGCGACGCGGCUGCUGACGAUCGACGGCGUCGUCGGUGUCUUCUUCGGCCCCGACUUUGUCACCUGCUCCAAGGACGACUCGUACGCUUGGUCGAUUCUCAAGCCCGAGGUGUUCGCCGUGCUCAUGGAGCACUUUUCGUCCGGCGCGCCGCUGUUCAAGGACGGCCAGGCGGCCGACGGGCCAGAGGACACGCGGAUCCUGGACACGGACUCUGAGAUUGUCGGCAUGAUCAAGGAGCUGCUCGAGACGCGCGUCCGCCCUGCCAUCAUGGAGGACGGAGGCGACAUCGAGUACAAGGGCUUUGACGAGGAGACGGGCAUCGUCCAGCUCAAGCUCAAGGGAUCGUGCCGCGGCUGCUCGAGCUCGAGCGUCACCCUCAAGAACGGCAUCGAGCGCAUGCUCAUGCACUACGUGCCCGAGGUGCAGUCGGUCGAGCAGUUCAUCGAUGAGGAGGAGCGUAUCGCGCUCGACGAGUUCAACAAGCUCGAGGCGCGGCUGGCGAAGAAGAAGGACGACACUCACGAUGGCAAGCAGAAAAUCAGCGACUACCUUUCGGCCUAAGCGCGCUCGUGUACACUGUAUCAAUGCAUCAUGUCUCAUAGGGCAGGGGUACUGUGGUCGUAAUGACCAUGUUGCUGGGCAGCGCUCGAGUCACUGAAGAUCUGUGGUCGUGACCGGACCAUACCGCC